ACGAAUUCAACUCUGCCCAUUUUUUAUUAUCACUUAUUUUUCCGGGAUUUUAAAUUUUUAAAUCUUUUUGCAUCUAAUUUAACUAUUGUUCUUUAUGUUCAAAUUAAUGAAUAUCAACGAAGUUGAUUUAGUUGAUUGAUUAUUUAUUGAGAAGAGUUUCACGUAAAGAAGAAAACGCAGCUAUGUCUACCGGAGUUACUUAUACCAUCGGAGGGGUAAAAGUGGAUUUCCCAGCCAAAGCAUAUCCUUCGCAAGUUUCGAUGAUGGAUAAAAUUAUCAGAGGAUGCUCUAGAGCUCAAAAUUGUUUAUUGGAGAGUCCAACUGGCUCGGGAAAAACAUUAGCAUUACUGUGUGGAGCAUUAGCUUGGCAGAAAGCUGAGAAACAACGAGCACAAGAAAGACAUUCAGCUGAAAUGAACGAAUAUAUUCGUGCCAAGCAAGAGCAAGAAGAACGAAAUCGACAAAAUCCCGAACCUGUACCACAAGCUGCAUCUUGCGAUGAAAAUGUGAAGUGCUGUGAAUCUGGCGAUAAUACGAGUAAAGUAGUUAAGGUCGAAGAAAAACCUGUUGACGAGACUGAAGAUACCGAUAUUUUUAGACCUGUUAUAAAGAAAAUAAAAACUGGAUUAAAUACAUUGGUCAAUAUUUUAUCACAGGGCACUACCGCAGAUCAGCCUGAAAUCGUUAACGUGUACAAAGUACCCCAAAACGCCGUCAAAAUUGAAAAUACUCUGAAUUCAGCUCAAAAUAAAGUAAAGAGUGAACCAGAUUCAAUUCCAGAACCAAAAGAGCCCAGAGUGCCAAAAAUAUAUUUUUGUACGAGAACUCAUAAACAACUCGCUCAAGUUGUUAAUGAAUUAAGGCGAACGGCAUAUAAAGAUGCAAAGAAUACACUAUUGGCGAGUAGAACUCAUGCUUGUAUACACGAUGGUUUGACGUAUAAUCCUAGACAAAAUAAAACUGAAUUAUGUCGGCAGCUACUCGAUCCUAGAAGCGGAAUGGGCUGCAGAUUUCAUAAAAAUGUACGAAACUAUCAUGUGCUGAGCGACUUGCAAGCGCAAGGACUUGAAACACCUUGGGAAUUAGAAGAUCUAGUAGUUUUCGGUAAAAAAAGAACUGUUUGUCCGUAUUUUGUAGCGCGAGAAUUGAUGGCCGAUGCUGACAUAAUAUUUUGCCCUUAUAACUACCUAAUCGAUCCGUUAGUGAGAAACAGUAUGAAGAUUGAUUUAAAAGGAAGCAUUAUUAUUGUCGACGAAGCCCAUAAUAUCGAAGAUACUUGUCGAGAAUCCGCUAGUCUUACAGUUAUGCAGGAUAAUGUUCAGAACGCCAUACAAGAAUGCGAAGAAGUACUCGAAUCGUUGGAAGAAACUAGCGAAAAACGAGGCCCGUGUCAAGAAAUUAUAAACACAUUAUGUUCGCUAUCAACGUGGAUUGACAGGCAUAAAAACAAUAUUGCAAAAAUGAGCGACUACGAUCAAGGGAAAUUCGAUAUGUUUGGGCCUACUGCUGUGGAAAGUUUUAAAGAUUACAAAUUUGGUCCUUCACAUUUUGCCGCAUUCGCUAAUAAUUAUGCUGCAUUAACAACCGAAGAAAAAGUAUCUAUCGAAGAAUUGAAUAUGGAAGAAGAAGUUUCAACUAUUACGGGACCUACGAAAGCUCUGCUGGAAGGAUUGCUUUUGGUUCUAUCCAUAUUGUAUAAUCCUACGUACACAAACGAUUAUCGUAUUGUCUUAAUCAAAUCUUUCAAUCAACAGUAUGAUCAAGAACCAGAAACUACCGGCGAUGGUUGGUUCGUGGCUAAAAAGAAGAAAAAAAUCGUCUCCAGGUGGAAUUACAGCUUAAAUUUUUGGUGUUUCAAUCCGGCGACGACGUUUUCCUCUAUUAAAGAAAGUGCCCGAUGUGUUGUUCUAUCCUCAGGAACUCUGAGUCCUACUACUUCAUUCCAAUCUGAAUUAGGUGCAUUGUUUCCAAUUACCCUAGAGGCUAAUCAUGUGAUAGAUGCGAACCAAUGUUGGGUUGCAUCUCUCGGAUCUGGACCGAACAAAUUAGCAUUAACUGGAACAUACGCCAGUACUAGUACGUACCCAUUUCAAGAUGAAAUUGGACGAAUAUUGUUGAAUAUUUGCUCUUUUGUUCCUCAUGGCGUUUUAUGUUUCGUAUCUUCGUAUUUUUUAUUGGAUAAAUUAUGCGAAAGAUGGAAUAGUACUGGCAUUACCGAAGAAAUUGCCAAACAUAAGAAAUUACUGUGUGAACCGAGGCGUGGCGAUCAGCUGGAUGAAUUGCUGAAAGAUUUUUACGAAACUAUUGAAACUACAGCUGACAAUGUUGUCGGGCAACAAGUCACCGGUGCAUUAUUUAUGGCUGUGUGUCGUGGCAAAGUCAGCGAAGGGUUGGAUUUCGCUGAUAAAAAUGCUCGCGUAGUUGUUACCAUUGGAAUUCCAUAUCCUAGUAUUAAAGAUGACCAAGUAAAUAUGAAAAAAUCUUACAACGAUAGCCACAAGAACACUAAAGCAUUACUUUCCGGUCACGCUUGGUACGAAAUUCAAGCUUACAGAGCUUUAAAUCAAGCUUUAGGUAGAUGUAUUCGACAUCGUCGAGAUUGGGGUGCUAUAUUAUUGAUCGACAGUCGAUUUAGAAACGAUCAAUACUAUAAAAGUCUUUCAAAAUGGGUGCGAACAAAAGUAUCACACCAUCACGAUUACUCCGAAAUGAUAGAUUCUCUUUCGACGUUUAUAGAAAAUCGAUUAAGAAUCGAUAAGCAAAAUGCAUCGUGAUCUCAUAAGUAAUACUGAUCGCCAGAUGUCAUAAUUAAACUGCAUAAUUCAAGAAAUUGGAAGGACUGUGAUUUAAUCAAUAAUUCAAGCUUGUAAGCUUCAUUUCUAAUUAUUCAUUUUCUGUUUCUUUCUUUUAGGUUACUCAAUGUUUUUAUUUCUCAUCGAUGUAUUACUUAAGUCAGUUUGUUUAAAUUUUUGUUUGUGAUUUUCUAAAUUAAAUUUCGACUCGAUAAUUUUUAUACUCGAAAGAAUAUUAUUUUGUUCUGAUUUUUUUUUAUUGUAAGUACUUCGACAUUAAAAUAUUUAUACUUUGAAAAAA